UUUCAACACAAUAUGUGGUUGAGCAAUAGAUUAGUUCCUUUUUUCACUCUGUAUUUUAAAUCUUGUUACACACACUAAAGAAACUAAAAUAUUUACUUCGCCUUAAAAUGUGCAAUCCCAUUUGUUUACAAAUGUCAAGAUCUCUGUACAAACCUCUUCUCUCAAAAAGUAUUGGGAAAGCAAUGCAAUUGCAAAGGAUCCAUAUUUAUCGCCCAGAAACUCACAGCCAUGUCAAGGAUCAAUUAACCAAAGUUGCCAAGUCUCUCACCUGAGAAAACGUGUAAAUCUCUCUGCAUUCUCUCUUCCUUCCAAUCAACCACUUAUAUUGUAGGAGACAAUAUUAAAUCCGAUUUGAUCAAGAGUGCGCAGAGCAGUGAGUUAAUUUGAGCAGUGUAGGGGGAGGGCAUGGAGAAAGGAGGACCAUUAUAUUUUGAUCUGAAUACGGGUGCUAAAAUUCCAUCCGUUGGUUUGGGGACAUGGAAAGCUGAACCUGGUGUUGUUGGUGACGCCGUCAAAGCUGCUAUCAAGGCUGGCUACAGGCAUAUUGAUUGUGCCAAAGUCUACAACAAUGAAAGAGAGGUAACUCAGUACUAUUGCCUAUUGUUUCUGCUAAAACUUUUGACGCUGAGACUUCAUAAGAAAUUGGUGAUGUAUAUGCAGAUAGGAGAAGCAUUUAAGGAACUAUUUUCUUCUGGAGUUGUGAAACGCAGUGAGCUAUUCAUCACGUCUAAGCUGUGGUGUAGUGACCAUGCUCCUGAAGACGUCUCAAAGGCAUUGGCUAAGAGUUUAAAAGACCUGCAGCUUGACUAUAUUGAUCUGUAUCUUAUACAUUGGCCGUUUCGUACUAAGGCAGGGAGUACGGGUUGGGACCCAGAAAACAUGGUUUCCUUGUGCCUUCCAGAGACAUGGAGUGCAAUGGAAGGUUUAUAUGCGUCAGGCCAGGCACGCGCAAUUGGGGUCAGCAACUUCUCAACCAAGAAGCUGCAAGAUCUGCUCAAACAUGCAAAAGUAACCCCUGCAGUUAAUCAGGUGGAAUGCCACCCUGUCUGGCAGCAACCUGCACUUCAUAAUUUCUGUAAAUCAACUGGAGUUCAUCUGUCGGCAUAUUCUCCACUUGGCUCUCCAGGAUCUUGGGUUAAAGGAGAAAUCUUAAAGGAACCAUUACUUGUUGAAAUUGCUGACAAGCUUAACAAAUCGCCAGCACAAGUAGCUCUUCGCUGGGGCAUUCAAAGUGGUCACAGUGUUCUUCCAAAGAGUGUAAAUGAAUCCAGGAUCAAACAGAAUUUAAGCUUGUUUGAUUGGUGCAUCCCCCCAGAGCUUUUCUCGAAAUUAUCAGAAAUCCACCAGCAAAGGCUCCUCCGUGGGGAUUUUGCAAUCCACAAAACUCACAGCCCUUACAAAAGCCUCGAAGAACUGUGGGAUGGUGAAAUAUGAAAAGAUUAACAAUCUGCAUGUUCCAUCUUUCACGAGGUGUGUUUAUCUCAUUUUUAAGAAGAAAAAGGAAUAAUGAAAAUCUACAAAAUUUCUAUGUAUUGUUUUGACAAUAUUUCCAGGAAGACAUUUAAAAAAAAUCAUAUAAAUUUUUCUUCUGGUUUA